UGUGUUUGCGCUCGGUGAACCUCUGAACCUUCCGGUGCUGUUCAGACAUACAUCCAGCUGAACCUUACCCAGCCAGAGAGGUCACGUUUUGGGUUUGCGAGUGCGUGUCUGUGUCUGUGUGCAUGAGUGCUAAAGGGGCUGGAGAGCUUUUUAUUGACAUGAUCAACAAGUGCACAUGAGUGACUGGGUUACUGAUUACAGGUGAUGUUAUAGUUUGUCUGUGAUAAGACUUUUGCUUUAAGCACAAAGUCCUGCCAGGUACAACAAGCCUUCAGCUAUCACACCACAUCCUUCCCAUCCCUCAUAGGACCACUGCUGCCUCUCAGGUCCUUUGGUGGUGUGUUUUUUUCCUGCUUCCUUGCAUCUGUUGAGCACACAGCAGCAUCAUGAGUGUAGAGUCCAAAAAAACACGUGAGGCUUGCUGCUCCAACCUCAAGCUCUUCCUGGCCUCUCUGGCAUUUGUAUACUUCUCAAAAGCCUUCGGUGGAGCCUACAUGAAGAGCUCCAUCACCCAGAUCGAGAGGCGCUUUGAUAUCCCCAGCUCCCUCAUAGGGGUCAUAGAUGGCAGCUUCGAAAUGGGUAACCUGUUGGUAAUAGCCUUUGUGAGCUACUUUGGUGCGAAGCUCCAUCGUCCCAGGCUGAUUGGUAUUGGCUGUGUGAUCAUGGCAUUUGGAAGUUUCCUCAUAGCCCUGCCUCACUUCUUCCAGGGACUGUAUAAAUAUGAGACCAGUAUGUCUCACAGUACAUCUGUGAACAGCACUGAGAGCGUCCUGCCCUGUCUGUCCAACCACAGCCUGACCAAAGCAGACAAGAUGCCUGAUUUAGCGUCCAUAACAGCAUGUGAAAAGGCAGCUGGCUCGUCCCUGUGGAUCUACGUAUUCUUGGGAAACAUGCUGCGUGGAAUCGGAGAGACUCCCAUCAUGCCUCUGGGUGUGUCCUACCUGGAUGACUUCUCCAGAGAAGAGAACACUCCUUUCUAUUUGGCCUGCAUCCAUACAGUGGGAAUCUUAGGACCUAUGUUUGGAUUCAUGCUCGGGUCCUACCUUGCCAAGAUCUACGUGGACAUUGGAUCUGUUGAUUUAGACGCCGUCACCAUCAACUAUAAGGACUCCCGCUGGGUGGGGGCCUGGUGGCUGGGCUUCAUAGUGACCGGCACCCUGAUCCUGCUGUCCAGCAUCCCGUUCUGGUUCCUACCAAAGUCUUUGCCCAAGCAGGGGCAAGAGCAGAGCCAGAGUAAAAGCACAGAGCUCGCCACGGUGGCAGAGCAGGAGAAUUUCAUGCCGGACGAGAACCAGGAUCACGAGGAGAAACCGGUUUCGUUCAAGGAGCUGGCUAAAGAUUUUGUUCCGUCUCUGAGGCGACUCUUCAAGAACAACAUCUACACGCUGAUGAUCCUCACGUACCUGGUGGCCGUCAACGGCUUCAUCGGCAUGAUCACCUUCAAGCCAAAGUUCUUGGAGCAAAUCUACGGCCAAUCGGCCUCCAAGGCCAUUUUCCUCAUAGGUGUACUGAACCUGCCAGCGGUAGCUUUGGGCAUCAUCACCGGAGGUUUUAUACUGAAGCGUUUCAAGCUGGGUAUCAUCGGAGCGGCCAGGGUGUCAAUAGCUGCCUCCGUCGGGUCCUUAUGUCUGCUCUUCAUUCAGGUCUUCAUCAACUGUGACAAGGCAGAGGUGGCGGGUCUGACCGUCUCAUAUCAGGGGACUCCUCAGCUGUCCUACAACCAACAGACCUUGUUGUCACAGUGCAACAUGGACUGCUCCUGCUCAAUGAAGCAAUGGGACCCAGUAUGCGCCUACAACGGCAUAACGUACGCCUCGCCCUGCCUGGCUGGCUGCCAGACCACCACCGGCAAAGGCAAGGACAUUAUGUUUCAUAACUGCUCCUGCGCUGGGGAGAUGACGACUCCAGGCAUGAACAUGUCCGCAGUGCUGGGCCAGUGUCCCAGGAAGAGCAACUGUGAUCGCAUAUUCAAAAUCUACAUGGGUUUGUCCGCCUUGGGGUCGUUCAUUUCUGCCUGCGGGGGCACGCCGGGAUACAUCGUACUGCUCAGGUCCAUACAGCCAGAUCUGAAGGCACUGGCUUUGGGUAUGCAGACACUGAUAGUAAGAACUCUGGGUGGGAUACCUCCUCCUAUAUAUUUCGGAGCAUUGAUUGACCGAACCUGUUUGAAGUGGGGAACCAAGCAGUGUGGAGGCCGUGGAGCAUGUAGACUCUAUGAUGCUGAUGCAUUCAGAAUGACGUUCUUGGGGUUGAUUACCGGACUCUACUGCCUAUCCAACAUACUCUGGGGAGGCCUCUAUUUCAGAAUUGUCAAGAGACAUAAGAAGUUAGCGCUGAGGAAUCAGGCCAAAGAAAACGGACUGGAGGGUAACGCGGCGGGCAACGGACACGCCAACAUCAGCAUCACCAAAAACAAAGAAGACGCGGACAAUGAGAGCACUAUUUAAGGAGUUUGAGGAAGCUCAGCACCGUUUUAUAACGCAGGUGAACGACACAUAUUUUCCAUUGCCUAAAGUGCUGCAUCCAUAGUGGACCAAAUGUGGUAAUGGUACAGUGUCAGCACUCUUUGGUCUUCGAACAGCACAACUCUUUUUUUACACAGAUUUUGUGCCGAAAACAUGAGCUGCUGUUUGUUCACUUCAAAGGUCAAAGACCCCGACUAGAGCUUAGUUUUAAUAUGAACAACAAUCAAAUGGCAUUAGACGAUAUGCAGUCCACAUCUGCACAAAAACGCAUAAAACUUAGAGGUCAUUUUUUGCUCUACUUCAACAGUCAACAGUCAAGAAAACAUAAUGGGAACAUAUGCUGUUCACUUAUGAGACAUUUCAGUAUGAUGUUAGAGGACGUGAGCGUUUGACUUUUUAAGCUCGUGUUCACCAUUUAUACUUGAAUAGGCCAGGUAAUGAUAGUAAUGUCUCAUCCCACAGCUUUACAUUCAAAGUGAUUUAUGUAUACAGUAUAUGUACAAUAUAUAGUAUGUACAGUGUAUAGUUUUAAAUACUACUUUAAGUGUUUGUGGUCUAAGAUGUGGUAGCAUAAGAUGAAGUAUUGUUCAUGUUUUUUCAGUGAUUGACGAUGUUUUCUUUCAUGUUUUUCUGAGAGUUUGUGAGAUUAUAAAGCUUACUUCAUUGAACAGUAUUGUUAUGAGGACAGUGAGGGUGUUUUUAAGUAAAAUGAGUUAACAUUAAUGUAGAGGUUCAACUUGUCCAGGAAAUUAUGCCAUUUUUGUCAGGUCAGUUUUUCGGUUUGGCACCUUUUUUGGUAGUUUGCAGCUCCAAACAAACCUGCUUUCUCUGAGGCCAAAUAUGAAUUAACUUACAGAUAUAGUUAACCAUAUUGGCCAAAUUCGCUUUCUCGUCCAGGGUGGGAUGAAAAUAUCACUAUCACUCUCAAGUCUGUUAGAUAAACAUAGGAAGGCUGCAGGUUAGCUUAGCACAAAGACUGGACUCUGGACUCUGUCCAAAGGUAACAGAGUCUUCUAAAGCUCACUAUUUAUACCUUGUUUAUUUAAUAUGUACGAAAUACAAGUGUAAAUACGACACAUUGUGGUGCUUACGAGGGUUAUGUGACUAUUUCUUGGCCGGGGGCAGUGACCUCCUGGAGUCUUGUCAACACAGCACGUUUGCCUUGCAACCAGCAAAAACUAUGUAUUAAAGAAAUGAGAUAUAAUGUGUUAAUUAAUAAGUUUUAGUGGCAUUGAUAUUUGGGCUUUGGAUAGAGCCAGGCUAGCUGCAACCGCCUGUUCCCAGUCUUUGUGCUAAGCUAAGCAAUCUGUCUUCUUGCAGUAGCUUUAAAUUUAAAGUGCAGAAACGAGAGUGGUAUCAAUCGUCAAUCGUUUUGGAUAAAAGUUUUGGACACUGACAAAAUCAUAGCCUAAACAUGGUCAAAGGGAUCUCAGCCUGUUAACCUUUAUUCAGCCUGUUAGCAAAUGUGCCCCAGCGGCAUUUAACAUGUGGGGAUAUCUCACCUGUCUGACUUUACACACACUAACCCUUGUUACAUCACAUCAUAUUACGCAAACCGUAAAAGGUCAUACAAGUUCAUAUAAUCCUUUGACUCACUAGUGUCUGGAAAAGUUAGGUUUGGACGGUGGACUAAAAGUAGGUUGAAGUGUAACUCAAACUUGAUCGUAACACUGUAGUUGUCGAUGAAAAUGUAUCAUCAGCUAGUAUAUACAGUAUUAUUGCUGUUAAUUAUGAGAAGUUAUAUAUUGAGUUAGAUGUUUUUUAUUGUGUCCAUAUAUUUUGUUUCAUCAUUUCUGCCUUUUAUUUCUUUCUUUUUUUCCUUUUUUUACAAUUUUGUUGAUUGUCCUUGAAGCAUAUCUGUAAACUUAAAGACAGAUUUUCACUAUA